AAAGAUUUCGUGUUGAAAGGCGAAAAAUAAGAUUGACUCAUGAUAUUCGUCUGUCCCACAGACCGUGGAGUAUUUAUGCAGCGGUGCUGCUGAUAUUUGACGUUGGGCUGGCCCAUAAUUUAAGUCCUUUUAAUCUCCCCCAUACUCUGCCCGCUGUCCUGGGUUAUCUCAGCCCGCUUUCGUUCCUGGGGACCUCGUCGUCACAUCCGCCACCUCCCUCUCCUCUCCCUACCUGAGAUUUUCCUAGUCGCUAAGAUUGAUAAUAUAUCUAUCUGCUUGAUUCCUCUCUAGUGACUGGACUUUGUCUGGUCUUUAUCUAUCUGAAGACAGACUAGCUUGUGAAUAUCGAUCGCUUUAGUCGCAACGCCAUGCAACGCCACGAGCCAUCACUGGACAAUGAUGGCAUUCCUUCACAAGCCCUCCUGAGGAAGAAGUCGCACGCGGAGGACUACUUAAUAGAUUCAUCGCAGAGUGUCUCCAAGUCGAUCUUCGGUCCUUCUACGGAGGAUGUUGAUGCGGAUUCCGAGUCGAACGGCUCUGCGCCCCACAGUUUCGACAGUGCAGAAACGACUACACCCGUGAAGCUGGCGAACGAGAACAACGUCGCACCAUUCCUCGCAAAACACAUCCCUGAACAAUACGCGCGCCUAAGCUCACGAUUUGACGAUCCGAUACCCGCACCGGCGAACUCGAGAUAUUGCUAUCGCCACAGACCAGAUCUUAAAUGCAGACGACAAGCUGACGAGCCCUCGAUGGAUUUGUUACAACGGGAACUCGAGACGCUUCCUCAAAGCGAUCAACAGGGCAUUGCCCAUGUUUGGUCCCUUUUUUCCGCCGCGCCAGCCAAGCACCGAAAGCUCAUGCUCCAGGGGAUCAUGGCUCAGUGUUGUUUCCCGCAGCUUUCCUUCGUGUCCACCACCGUCCGGGAUCUUAUCCGAAUCGAUUUUCUCACCGCGCUUCCCCCUGAAAUAUCAUUCAAAAUCCUUUGUUACCUUGAUACUACCUCCCUCUGCAAAGCUGCACAAGUCUCUGGACGUUGGAGGGCCCUAGCAGACGACGACGUGGUCUGGCAUCGGAUGUGCGAGCAGCACAUUCAUCGCAAGUGCAAGAAGUGCGGGUGGGGUCUCCCGUUGUUGGAACGCAAGAGAUUGCGUGAGUCGAAACGUGAAAUUGAGUUGCGCGCCACAACGUGGGCCAUCAAUGGGCCCUCUGCAGGUGCAAGCCCCGUAGCAGAAAUCGAAGAUAGCCUUUCCCCCGCUGCCGAAUCCGCGCCUACUGGCGCUAAGCGAAAGCCUGAAUCUGUCGAAGAAGAGACGGCAAUUGUCAAGCGCCAAUGCACUGCGUCUCCAGCCCCAGAGAAAGAGGAGGACUACUUCAAGACCCGUUACAGGCCGUGGAAAGAGGUUUACAAGGAUCGAUUUAAGGUGGGCACGAAUUGGAAAUACGGACGAUGCACAAUGAAGGUGUUCAAAGGUCAUACCAAUGGUAUCAUGUGUUUGCAAUUUGAGGACAAUAUCUUGGCAACCGGGUCCUACGACGCUACAAUCAAGAUUUGGGAUACCGAGACAGGAGAGGAGCUGCGAACCCUUCGCGGACAUCAGUCCGGUAUUCGUUGCCUCCAGUUUGACGACACUAAGUUGAUUAGCGGCAGUAUGGACCGCAGCCUGAAGGUGUGGAACUGGCGUACAGGAGAGUGUAUUUCUACCUACACUGGCCACCGCGGUGGUGUCAUUGGACUGCAUUUUGAUGCCACAAUUCUUGCAUCUGGAUCUGUGGACAAGACGGUGAAGAUUUGGAACUUUGAGGACAAGUCGACGUGUCUCCUGCGUGGUCACACUGACUGGGUGAAUGCGGUUCGAGUUGACACAAAAUCCCGAACUGUGUUUUCGGCGUCUGAUGACUGUACCGUUCGACUCUGGGAUCUGGACAGCAAGAACUGCAUCAGGACUUUCCACGGCCACGUGGGUCAAGUGCAGCAGGUCAUUCCCCUGCCGAGAGAAUUUGAAUUUGAAGAGCACGAUGCGGAGUGCGAAAACGACAACGUUAGCACUUCAGGUGACAGUGAUGCCGGUACUCCUAGUUUCGAAUCGAACCCAUUUGCGGCUCACUCGUCGCCUUUUGGGCCAUCAUUUGACAAUGGACGUCCGGCACCGCCACGCUACAUGGUCACCAGCGCAUUAGACUCGACGAUUCGUCUUUGGGAGACGAGCACGGGCCGAUGCUUGCGCACGUUCUUCGGCCACCUGGAAGGUGUCUGGGCUUUGGGCGCUGACACCCUUCGGAUUGUAUCCGGCGCAGAAGACCGCAUGGUCAAGAUCUGGGAUCCCAGAACCGGCAAAUGCGAGCGAACCUUUACUGGUCAUUCCGGCCCAAUCACCUGCCUUGGACUUGGUGACAGUCGCUUUGCUACUGGCAGUGAGGACUGCGAAGCACGAGUGUACAGUUUCCGCAGCUGAGACGUUUUAAUUUUUUUUUCAUUUCUUGUGUUGUUUUCUUAUUUGAUAUCCAGCCGAGGCGCCGGUUACGUCCAUCCAUCGGCCUUUUAUUAUAUUUUGCUUCUUUUUUGUUUGGUCGAUGACGAAUACCCCUGGACUGGCGCCUGUUGAAACUUUGUUAUGGAUGAUCAGUUUUGAUGUCAUUUUGGGAUUUGGGGGUUACGAAGGACAUGAGCUUGGUGUUUUGGCGUUUUGAGAAAAAGGUGUUGCAUGCAUAAACAUCCAUAUCAUAUGUAAUUAUCAAUUUCGGUUUCUCUAUCUCUAUCUUCAACGGAAUGAACUAUCUUUUGAUGUC